CAAACAACAUACUGUAAAGCUUCCACUGACAGUAAAUCGCAAUGGCUGAUCAUGAGAUGAUCAACUCGCUGGCCGAAACCAUCACCCCCCGACAUCACGAACUCAGUCCAUGACUUCCGGUUCUCCCAUCCCCCAGACAAGAGCCAUAUAAUCGUCCCCAGCACCGAUGAUGUUCGAGUCUGGUUCAUGGACCAAAGCGAUAUAUAUGAUGAAGAGUGUCUUAAACAAUUCAGUCAUAUUCUCGCAGUCAUCUACUCUCAAAAGCCCACAACCGACCAGAUUCUGGAAGCCGCGAAGCCAUGUUCUGCAACUUUUUGGAUGAAUUUGAUCAUUCUCCUUGAUCAGCUCACGCGAAAUUGUUACAGGGGCAAGGAAGCAGCGCAAGUAUUCGACUUCAUCGACCCGUUGGCACCAUCUAUCGUUAUGACAGCCCGCAGAUUGAACAUUCAUGAGAUGCUAGAAGUGAGAUGGAAAUUGGGGUACAGGAUUUGGUUAUUUACGCCGUCCAUACAUGCUGUAGAUUUGAAGAUGCAAGAGAUUAUGGUCGAGGAACAUAGGGCGAGAUUUGAGGAUCUUCAAGAGCUUGUACAAGGAGAUGGGGAAGGGCGGUAUGAGGGAGAGAAGGAGUGUAGAAGGGUGCUAGAAGAGGAGGCGCAGAGACUGAGUGAUGUCAAGGUGAUAUUUGAUCGAGCGACCAAAAAUCAUUUUGUCGCAAUUGAGAGGUUUGGGAGACUUCCCUGGAGGAAUGAGAGUUUGGGACGCGUCACUACGGAGGAAGAACAAGAGUUUCUAGAGUCUCUGUAGUGCUUGGCCAGCAAUCUUGAAAAUUGAGUCCCAAAUAUCUUUGCAGUCAAGUUUUCGAGGGCUCCAACAAGUUCAAGAAAGGUCGAUUUCGAAACUAUGCCAUACCUUUUUCCAAU